UGUAAAUCGUGAUCCUGUAUAAACACUACCUGAAGAAAUAUAUUUCUGAUUGAAAUAUGCAAUCGAAUACCCUGCUUCCGUAAAAUGAAAUCAAAAUGGAGAAUUGCUUUCUUCUGCUGCUCUCGGUGGCGAGUUUACUAAAUAUGGCUCUUGGAGAAUACACCACAUCCAAAUGCUAUGGCAACCAUUUCAUGAACUCACAAUGUCCAGGAUCAGGCAGAGUGAUAGCCGUUAAAAAACUACAGUACGGCAUGAAGUGGUAUAUCAGCGAUGAGUGUCCCAAAAACAUAGAGUCGGUACAACAUGGCAAUACCACGACAUGCUGUCAGAAUGAGGAGGGUGAUUGUUUAAGAAACAUCACAGAUUAUAAUGAUAAGUACCUGUACUUAUCACGCUUGUCGAGACUACCAGGUAUAACACAAAACACUGCUACUCCAAGGCAAUAUAUGACAUGUACUAACAACACCCGCACUUACUCCAACUAUGUUCAAGUUGUCUUUGAUUGUGUCGAAGAAAAGAGAAUCAAGAACUUUUGCAAUUAUCAGAGGUUUGUAUCAGUAAAUGGGACCGUUUACUUGUAUCGGAAACCUUAUUAUUCAAUUCAAGAGUCUUGUGAGUGUACAUUUGAAUCGACCAGCGAUUCGACCAUUCAAGUUUUGGCGAUUGAUGUUCGCCUUCAGCCAGUGUUGAACAUUGCGGAUAGUAACUAUACUGGAGAAUGUUUCAAUUAUUCCACAAAUCGUCUAACUUUUAACGAUCCAAACAAUAAUUCCAAAGUCUUUGAAUGUGAAAAUAGGACCAUCUAUUCGGAAUAUGAACCUAUCUAUUCUUCAAGUGGAAAGGUGCUGAAUGUCUCGUAUACAGAAGACGGGCCAGAGGCACAACAGAUAUGGAUUCUUGUACAAGCCAGCAAAGGAAAGCUUGAAGUGGAAUGUAAUCCUAAGCUAUCAACAACUACAACCUUUACGACGCCAGCUACUUCUGCUGGUGGUGGAAUAACAUCAAAACACACAAACAGCCCAAAUAAUACUAAUAAUCAUACACCUGGAGGCCACGGACACGGCAACAACAUAAAAACAACAAACAUACCGGGUAAAAAGGACCCAGCUCUUGGAGAAUACACCACAUCCAAAUGCUAUGGCAACCAUUUCAUGAACUCACAAUGUCCAGGAUCAGGCAGAGUGAUAGCCGUUAAAAAACUACAGUACGGCAUGAAGUGGUAUAUCAGCGAUGAGUGUCCCAAAAACAUAGAGUCGGUACAACAUGUCAAUACAACGACAUGCUGUCACUAUGAGGAGGGUGAUUGUUUAAGAAACAUCACAGAUUAUAAUGAUAAGUACCUGUACUUAUCACGCUUGUCGAGACUACGAGUUAUAUCACAAAACACUGCUACUCCAAGGCAAUAUAUGACAUGUACUAACAACACCCGCACUUACUCCAACUAUGUUCAAGUUGUCUUUGAUUGUGUCGAAGAAAAGAGAAUCAAGAACUUUUGCAGUUAUCAGAGGUUUGUAUCAGUAAAUGGGACCGUUUACUUGUAUCGGGAACCUUAUUAUUCAAUUCAAGAGUCUUGCGAGUGUAGAUUUGAAUCGGCCAGCGAUUCGACCAUUCAAGUUUUGGCGAUUGAUGUUCGCCUUCAGCCAGUGUUGUACAUUCCGGAUAGUAACUAUACUGGAGAAUGUUUCAAUUAUUCCACAAAUCGUCUAACUUUUAACGAUACAAACAAUAAUUCCAAAGUCCUUGUAUGUGAAAAUAGAACCAUCUAUUCGGAAUAUGAACCUAUCUAUUCUUCAAGUGGAAAUGUGCUGAAUGUCUCGUAUACGGAAGAUGGACCAGAGUCACAACAGAUAUGGAUUCUUGUACAAGCCAGCAAAGGAAAGCUUGAAGUGGAAUGUAAUCCUAAGCUAUCAACAACAACAACCUUUACGACGCCAGCUACUUCUGCUGGUGGUGGAAUAACAUCAAAACACACAAACAGCCCAAAUAAUACUAAUAAUCAUACAUCUGGAGGCCACGGACACGGCAACAACAUAAAGACAACAAACAUACCGGGUAAAAAGGACCCAGCUCUUGGAGAAUACACCACAUCCAAAUGCUAUGGCAACCAUUUCAUGAACUCACAAUGUCCAGGAUCAGGCAGAGUGAUAGCCGUUAAAAAACUACAGUACGGCAUGAAGUGGUAUAUCAGCGAUGAGUGUCCCAAAAACAUACAGUCGGUACAACAUGUCAAUACAACGACAUGCUGUCAGUAUGAGGAGGGUGAUUGUUUAAGAAACAUCACAGAUUAUAAUGAUAAGUAUCUGUACUUAUCACGCUUGUCGAGACUACCAGUUAUAUCACAAAACACUGCUACACCAAGGCAAUAUAUGACAUGCACUAACAACAAUCGUACUUACUCCAAUUAUGUUCAAGUUGUCUUUGAUUGUGUUGAAGCAGAGAGAAUCAAGAACUUUUGCAGUUAUCAGAGGUUUGUAUCAGUAAAUGGGACCGUUUACUUGUAUCGGGAACCUUAUUAUUCAAUUCAAGAGUCUUGCGAGUGUAGAUUUGAAUCGGCCAGCGAUUCGACCAUUCAAGUUUUGGCGAUUGAUGUUCGCCUUCAGCCAGUGUUGUACAUUCCGGAUAGUACCUAUACUGGAGAAUGUUUCAAUUAUUCCACAAAUCGUCUAACUUUUAACGAUGGAAACAAUUCAAGUUUCUUUGAAUGUGAAAAUAGGACCAUCUAUUCGGAAUAUGAACCUAUCUAUUCUUCAAGUGGAAAUGUGCUGAAUGUCUUGUAUACGGAAGAUGGGCCGGAGGCACAACAGAUAUGGCUUCUUGUACAUGCCAGCAAAGGAAAGCUUGAAGUGGAAUGUAAUCCUAAGCUAUCAACAACAACAACCUUUACGACGCCAGCUACUUCUGUUGGUGGUGUAAUAACAUCAAAACACACAAAUAGCCCAAAUAAUACUAAUAAUCAUACAUCUGGAGGCCACGGACACGGCAACAACAUAAAGACAACAAACAUACCGGGUAAAAAGGACCCAGCUCUUGGAGAAUACACUACAUCCAAAUGCUAUGGCAACCAUUUCAUGAACUCACAAUGUCCAGGAUCAGGCAGAGUGAUAGCCGUUAAAAAACUACAGUACGGCAUGAAGUGGUAUAUCAGCGAUGAGUGUCCCAAAAACAUAGAGUCGGUACAACAUGGCAAUACCACGACAUGCUGUCAGUAUGAGGAGGGUGAUUGUUUAAGAAACAUCACAGAUUAUAAUGAUAAGUAUCUGUACUUAUCACGCUUGUCGAGACUACCAGUUAUAUCACAAAACACUGCUACUCCAAGGCAAUAUAUGACGUGUGCUAACAACAAUCGUACUUACUCCAACUAUGUUCAAGUUGUCUUUGAUUGUGUCGAAGAAAAGAGAAUCAAGAACUUUUGCAGUUAUCAGAGGUUUGUAUCAGUAAAUGGGACCGUUUACUUGUAUCGGAAACCUUAUUAUUCAAUUCAAGAGUCUUGUGAGUGUACAUUUGAAUCGACCAGCGAUUCGACCAUUCAAGUUUUUGCGAUUGAUGUUCGCCUUCAGCCAGUGUUGAACAUUGCGGAUAGUAACUAUACUGGAGAAUGUUUCAAUUAUUCCACAAAUUGUCUAACUUUUAACGAUCCAAACAAUAAUUCCAAAGUCUUUGAAUGUGAAAAUAGCACCAUCUAUUCGGAAUAUGAACCUAUCUAUUCUUCAAGUGGAAAUGUGCUGAAUGUCUCGUAUACAGAAGACGGGCCAGAGGCACAACAGAUAUGGAUUCUUGUACAAGCCAGCAAAGGAAAACUUGAAGUGGAAUGUAAUCCUAAGCUAUCAACAACAACAACCUUUACGACGCCAGCUACUUCUGCUGGUGGUGGAAUAGCAUCAAGACACACAAACAGCCCAAAUAAUACUAAUAAUUAUACAUCUGGAGGCCACGGACACGGCAGCAACAUAAAGACAACAAACAUACCGGGUAAAAAGGACCCAGCUCUUGGAGAAUACACCACAUCCAAAUGCUAUGGCAACCAUUUCAUGAACUCACAAUGUCCAGGAUCAGGCAGAGUGAUAGCCGUUAAAAAACUACAGUACGGCAUGAAGUGGUAUAUCAGCGAUGAGUGUCCCAAAAACAUAGAGUCGGUACAACAUGGCAAUACCACGACAUGCUGUCAGUAUGAGGAGGGUGAUUGCUUAAGAAACAUCACAGAAUAUAAUGAUAAGUACCUGUACUUAUCACGCUUAUCGAGACUACCAGUUAUAUCACAAAACACUGCUACUCCAAGGCAAUAUAUGACAUGCGUUAACAACACCCGUACUUACUCCAACUAUGUUCAAGUUGUCUUUGAUUGUGUCGAAGAAAAGAGAAACAAGAACUUCUGCAGUUAUCAGAGGUUUGAAUCAGUAAAUGGGACCGUUUACUUGUAUCGGGAACCUUAUUAUUCAAUUCAAGAGUCUUGCGAGUGUAGAUUUGAAUCAGAAAACGCUUCAACCAUUCACGUUUUUGCGAUUGAUGUUCGCCUUCAGCCAGUGUUGAACAUUCCGGAUAGUAACUAUACUGGAGAAUGUUUCAAUUAUUCCACAAAUCGUCUAACUUUUAACGAUACAAACAAUAAUUCCAAAGUCCUUGUAUGUGAAAAUAGCACCAUCUAUUCGGAAUAUGAACCUAUCUAUUCUUCAAGUGGAAAUGUGUUGAAUGUCUCGUAUACGGAAGACGGGCCAGAGGCACAACAGAUAUGGAUUCUUGUACAAGCUAGUAGAGGAACGCUUGAAGUGGAAUGUAAUCCUAAGCUAUCAACAACAACAACCUUUACGACGCCAGCUACUUCUGCUGGUGGUGGAAUAACAUCAAAACACACAAACAGCCCUAAUAAUACUAAUAAUCAUACAUCUGGAGGCCACGGACACGGCAACAACAUAAAGACAACAAACAUACCGGGUAAAACGGACCCAGGUUCUUCAAAUUCCGAUCACGUGGAAAAUGGAAGUGGAUCCUCAGCCCGAGCUGAAAGGCGGGCGGUACAAAAUGCAGUGUUGUACACCGUAAUUGGAGUAGCCGCAUUGGCGGCUCUGUUAAUCGUCAUGGCGGGGGUCUUCGUGAGAAGAACCAGAAGGUCAACAAAACAGCGUCGGAAAGUAAAUGCGAUCAUGGUGCGUUCCGAUUCAUCCAUUCUCACACUGGAAAAACUCCCACGAGAAAUAAUUGGUCAAGAAAAUUUGGGCUACACCGACCACUUGUACUAAAUAAAAGCGAGCAUUAUUUCAUCUCAAAUGGAUAGCUACAUGUACCUUCAACAUCACAAAUAUGGAAUAAACGAAAAAUAACGGGGAACCUAUUUUCAUGGAUUUAUGUGUUUGUGGAUAUAUUAUAUAGUGACAUAUUGGUUUGUAUUAUCCAAGAUUCGUCUUGGACUUGUAUUUGAUUUUUUUUUAGUUAUGGACCUUUCAUUUUGGAGGCGGUUGUGAUUUAGCGUCUAGGAUAAUGUCAUGUCGUGCCAGUUUACUGGAAAUUUUCUAUACAGUAUGUAUAUUAAUUAUGAUUAAUAUCAGAUUUCACAAUAACUGUACAUUUUUAAUUGAUCUUAUUGCAUGUAAAUUUUGCAUGUAAAACAUAGAAAUCAAUGCCAGACAAAAAUUGUGAUGUCAUUCUAGCUUUUCGUGCAUUUGUCUCCCUCACACAAAUAUGUAUAUAGAUACAUGUAUAUGUACAUAAAUAUCAGAAUAAUUUAUUAAUAAACAGAUUCAAAGAAUUAUUUUUUUGCAUUUUUUUUUUAUUUGUCAGUUAUCUGUGUAAAAAAAAAAGCUAUAAUGAAAUACAAUGUAUUCCAAUGAAAACUCAUUGUUAAUAUACAACAAGUGUAUAGUUAAAUAUAGUUGAACACAAUUUAGGAUUAAGUUGAAAACACAUUUGAAAUUGAUCUGUGACUCUUAAAGUUAACAGUAACCCACAAAAACAGUUUGUCUUCAACUGUUUUUAAAAACAACUGUGGCAGUGUUUAUACAGAUAUUGUAAUGCCUUAACAGUAUCAAGUUCACAUGUAUGAAAUGUACAGAUAAUUUGCUGCCCACUAUAAAAUGCUACUUCUUCACAUCUUCUAAGCAGCAUGGCGCUUUCUUUUUACAGUACCUAUCUAAGAGGAUCUAAAAAAUAAAAAUAUCAACAACAAAAUGGCUGAAGAUGACUAAAGAAAGUUUUGUGAUGUUCAACACUUAAAGUGACCCUACACAUGUACAAAAACAUUUUUUUUCCUUCAGU